AGGAGUUCGAGCUGUGGACGGCGCUGAGCCCGAGCAGCGCCGACGCACCGCACCGCGGCUCACGCGCCACCGAAAGCGCGCUUAGACGGACAGGAUGCCCGCGUACCACAGCAAGUACGCCGGGGCCGAGACGGGCGACGAGGCCUGCGGCUGCGCGCUCCUGCCGCUGAAGACGAAGACGCGCGGCCCGGCGCCCCUCAUGGCCGACGGCGAGGAGGACAUCGUCGACGAGGUCAUCAAGUACUACCGGCCGAACAGCCUCUUCCGCAACUUCGAGGUCAAGGGCGGCGCGGACCGGUCGCUCAUCUACCUGACGCUGUCCAUGCAGCAGUUCCUCAAGGAGUGCGAGCGGUUCAAGACGCGCGGCGAGGCCGAGAAGGCGCUGCACGCGCUCGUCAUCAAGCAGUUCCCCAUCCCCGGCGGCCCGGGCUGGUCCCUCGGCGGCAUGUUCCCGACGCCCGGCGACAUCCAGGAGGGCGAGUCCUGGCGCCUCUACAUGAAGCAGGCGCGCGAGGAGCUCUCGCUCCGCACGCUCGACGUCCUCUUCUACUCCGACGGCUCCAAGAACAAGUGGUGGGCGUCCUUCUCCAAGCGCAAGUUCAUGGGCAAGGAGCUCAAGUAGGGCGUGAGCGCAGCGUAAGGUCGGAGCU